AUGCGUGCGACUGUUUGCUUUGUUGCGCUGGUCCUAGCAUCGCUGGCCAGCGUCGUCAGCUCCAGGGCGGACUAUCAUGUUGCACAUACCCCGCGGCGACACUUUGGCAGAGCGGACAGUCUACGAAAAGCCCUCGCCGAGCGCCAAGAUGCAAAGAAAUCCACCAUCUCGCCCAACAACAGCUCUUCGCACUUCUCCAAUACCAGACACGGCGCGGUGCACGGCAACGCGAUGUUCAAGCUGAGCCCAAACAAGAAGCGCGAGGUUUUGAAGGAUCCAGGUGCAGGCAAGCAAUUCGUCACCAUCUUCGAUCAGGACGGCGAUGGUCUCGUCUCGCUGACUGAGCUGCAGUUCGGUCUCAACUUUGCUUGGCGUGACCAGCAAGAGGCAGACACUGCGCGCCGUGUCGUCGAUCUGCCGAGUCCAGAAGACGUCAUCAAGCACGGCGACACGGAUGGCGAUGAAGCGCUGAACAGUGACGAGGUCCAAUUCUUGCUUGACCAGACCAGACAAGCCAAAGACGGAACGCCGCGGGACUGCAGCGUGAUCGAAGAAAAGGUAGCAAAAUGCAAGUCUCGUCAUGUGCUUCGUUGCGGAGGUGAGGCAAGCAACGUCGCUGAAAGGCACCACCCGAGAAGCUGUCGAUUGACUUGGCUGCACUCGCUCUCCCUUAGGCUACGUCAAUUUGGCGGAAAAUGCGUGUCACCUAGGCUACGGGCAGCAGCGGGUCGACUUGUGCAUUAUGAAUUCGUCGUGCGAGAAUGUUUGCGCAUGCAUCGACGAGGUCGCCAAGAGUGUGGGAGCCGAUGCCGAAGGCAACGUCACGUCUACGUCAUCCAUGUCGAAUGCCGCAGCUUCCACCGUAAGCACAAUCGCUUCUACUGCCACUUCUGAAAUGAGCAGCUCGACCGCAUCAGCAAUCACCUCUCUUGCCACGGGCAACCACUCCAUCUCGGGGACGCACCAGCACGAAAAACGUGAGUCAAAGAUUCGCACCGCACUCGAUGCUACUUUCAGCUGAGCACGAGAGCUGUUCUUCUUGUUGUGCAGGACUACUUCUUCCCAUCUUCUUUGGCCUCGUCCUCGUCGAAAUCGGCGAGCUGCUGACGUUUGCGCUCGCAGAGAUUGUCCGUAGCGCGAAUGAACUCGUCGCAGCGGAUUCAGUCUCGCGCUUCCUAGACGUCAAAGUCUGGGACCCAGACUCUGGCAACCAACCUCCGAGCUGCGCGACGUACAUCUACUGGUCGCAAGGAUGCGGCGCCAUUGGCUCCGGUACUGCCAAAGGUUGCAAGCCCGACGGCGGUCGGCUCUACAGCAAAUCGUGCGUCACCCACUUCAACAAGGGCUCCAAGGGUGAGUGAUCGCUGCAUCGUGGCGAGAUUCGCGCUACGAGCGAGCAGCGCAGCACAGCACAGCACAGCGCUCAAGUCACAUGCUACCUGCCCAAAGGAUGCGGCUUCCUGAAGCUCGGCUGCAAGUCUCUGUGUUUCGCCACCAAUACGGCAGGCUGUGGUUGCGACUUGUUCGACUAUGAAGAGUUUGACGAUAAGCAAGUGAGUGACGCCAGCAGCAGCAGCAGCAGCAGCAGCAGCCCAGCGCCAUCGCCAUCGCCAUCGCCAUCGCGGCACAGCUCAGCAUCCAUCGGAGCGCUGACUGGUGCAAAACCCAUGCUGCAGUUUCCAAACCACGUGUACGCUUCGUACAAGGUCGAUCAAGUCAGCGAAUGCGCCAAAAAGUGCACUGCAGACUCCAGAUGCGUCGCAUUCGAAAUUCCGCCACUGCAAAAGGAUAUCGACACUUGCUUGCUAAAGGAUGGCGGGGACGAUGCCAUCACGCUCAAAGGCGUCACCACCUUUGUCAAGAUCGGCUUGCGAAACGGCGGAGAAGAGGACUUUUGCGACAUCAAAGCCGAUCGCGGCUCCGACCUGCCCUUCGGCGAAGAUUGGGGCUCAGGUUUGCCCUUCAGCAAGCGACGCAACUUGUCCGAUCGCGACGCGUCCUCGGUCGAGCGAGGUCUCGACGACGCCCGACCCAAGCCGCAUGAUUUGGCGUUUACCUAUCUCAUUGUGAGCCACAGUGUCCGAGCUGGGUCCGCACAAAUUGUGAAUGUUGCUGAUGCCCCGUUUGUUUGCUUUCGUCUUGUGGCGCAACAGGUUCAAGCGCUCUGGGCAGCGUUGCAGCGAAUGUACAACAAUGGUGCGAUGCGCGGCGACGCCUUUCUGCACUCGGAUGCCGACAACAUGUGGUCGACCAUCCAGACGCCAGAUGUGAGGCCGAUCGGCGAUCCCACCCUUCCGCGCAACAUCAACCGCGGUGCGGCCGAGCCCAUCGUCAAUCGCAAUGGCGGACGUUGGAGUUACCACGAGAUCGUGCAGCGCAUCGUCAACGUGCAUCGACAGCUCAUCAACGCCGGAGGUGUGCAGCCAGUGCUGGACAGCAAUGCAGCUGGUUUCACCAACGUCUUUCCCGCUGCCCUGCGCAACAUUCUCAUGAACAAUGAAAACACUGUGAGGAACGCAGUGAAUGGCCAAGGCAACACCAACUGGUACCACCAGCGCACGCUGGCCAAUGGCAAGUCCAUCGACCCCGUGACGGGCAUCGUCGUGCCUUACGACGCCAACAUCAACUUCUUCCAAGGUGGCUUCGUCGGUCCCCUCACCCUCGAAGGCGCAUUCAUUCUGGGCACGCAAUUGGCAGGCGUGGAUUACGCCAGGGUGCAAAGGAGCGCCCAACGGGCCAACAUGCAGCACCGCGGUCUUGGAGAGUUUAGCACCAGCUUCAUCCUUGGCAGGGUGCAGAACGCCAGAGCGCUGCCAGAGGAUGGCUGCAUCGGUGAGUUGCGGUGGAGAAGGCUGAGCGAUGCGCGCGGACGCGCAGAGUAGAGCCAGUCCAUGCGAGAAGGAGUAGUAGGAGGAGAAAGAGGAGGAGAUGGAGGCGAUGGAGGAGAUGGAGGCGAUGGAGGAGAUGGAGGCGAUGGAGGAGGAGGCUGACGAGUCACAUUCCGCCAACUGCUUCGAUCACGGCCGCCACGAUGCGACGUGAUCGCAGGUGUGCCCAUCAACACGACGACGGAUCGCAAUUUGGGACGAGGAUCGAUGAAUCAACAAGUGCCCAACGAUGCGUACGCUGAUGCUGGAGUUCAGAUUGCCCUCGAGCUGGUGAGUCGCGCGGUGCGAGAGGGGGGGAGGGGCGGAGAGGAGAGCAUGGACGCGGAAGCUAGACGGAAUGCUGCGCUGCCCGAUGAAUGUGAAUGUGAAUGUGAAGCUGACGCUGUGCCGAUGCCGAUGCCGAUGCCGAUACAUGUGACGCGCUAUAUGCAGUCUCCCGAUGAAGGCGAUGCGCAGCAAAAUGUCUUGCUCUUCGUCACGCACUGGACCGAUCCCCGAAGGUGAGCUUCUGCCGCGGGCCAGAUCACGUUGAUGUCACGUACGCGUACGCGUACGCGUGCGCACGCGCUCGCUGACAGAGCGCGCCUUGAUUGCCUUGCACGCCCCCCCUGUACACGCACGCACGCACGCACGCACGCACGCCCCUACGCCCGCCCACGCCCACGCCCACGCCCACGCCCAGCUACAUUCAAACCACGCGCGGCAAUCCGCUGGCCGGCCCGUCGUACGCUCGAUCGUACAAAUCGCAAAACAUUCCCGCAGCACAGAGCGAUCCGGCCACUGCAAACACCGCGGCUUGACCAGCGCGCAACACGCGAGCAUUGGCGCACGCCCACGUCGCCAUCCUAUCGCGAUCCGAGUGGCAAGCUUAUCGCAACAAUGGCGGCCUGCCACCCCGCUACGUCCAAGUCGGCAACUUUCACUUUUACCUCAACCCCGAAGAUGCUCCUGGUCAGCUGAGGAACAACAAUCAGGGCGGCGGCGCCAAUGAUGGUCGCGACGAGCUCAGAAGAUCCUGGCCAGAGCAGGAGGAGGAGGUCGACGAUGGCUUGAUGCAAAGAGCAGGCGCGACCCCACAUCAGCCGAAGCCAAAUGAUGGACCGGCGUUCGGCUUGGGCAAGCGCAUGCUGAGCAGGUUCGCCAGGUAUUCUCGUCCACAGUGGCCUCCCUUCUGGCGACAUUGGCAACGGGGCGGCGCAGGCAGAGACGCAUCAUCAGCCAUGCUUGGUCGCCGCGUGGAUCUGUGA